AUGGCCAAAGGCAAAGAGCUGUCAGAGGACAUCAGGGACAAGAUUGUAGAACUGCACAAAGCUUGGGGGCUACAAGCCACCAGCAAGAAGCUUGGUGAGAAGGUGACAGUUGUGUCAGUGCUUAGGAUCCUUCUGGACCCCUGGAACUUGUUCCCAAAAAAGAUGAGAAAGAUGAGGAUAAAGGUGGCUCUCAUUAUGCUGUGCAUGAUAUCAGUGUGUGGAGCUCAGAAAUGGAAACAAGAAACCUCUCGCUGGAACCCUAAAGCAGAACAGACCAGUGGUAGGACAUGCUCCAACCUGACUCAGGUGCUGGACAACUGGAAAUUUGCUAUUCUGACCCAAGUGAAAGACUUGCUGAUUAAUGACCAUGCUUCUGUUCUUCCUGAAUACAACAGAAUCCAGCCUCUUUCAGAUGCUCUGGGAGACCUCUACCGGCAGUUUAACACUCUAAAGGAAGAGCUGGGGAAGUUCACCACAAAGCUCGACAGAGUGGAGGUUUUUGUGGACGAGCUCAAGGACGGCAGAUACGCUCUGCCUCAGCGACCUGCACAUAGCGGCCUACACAGCUUUGGUCUUAGGUCUCCUCUGCGUGCACAGAUGAGGGCUCGUGAGAAGAGGAUAAUCACUAGGCCGAGACUCAGAAGAGCAAGGAGGAGAGGACCACAAAGAUCUUAAACCUGUUGGCUUUUUCUUUGCAAUUAAUACAGAUUUAUUCCAAAAAUGUUUAUAUAUUUUUCAGAUGAAGAUGACUAUUUUAUAUUAUUUCUUUGAUGAUUAUGGUGUGAUUAAAAAAUAAGAUGAAUAAAAUUACUUUAGUGAAGCAUUGAUAAAACAAAUUAUGUUCACUUAUUUGUACAAAGUCACAACAAACCACAAGGUGGCAGCAUUUAUCAGAUUAUCUUCACUGUAUCUUCUGUUUUACACGCAUCAAC